UACUUUCGCUUUUGUUUCUGGAGCAGCUGCAGUGAAUCUCGGGCUCAUUCAGGCCGCUGUCAGUCAGUCAUCGAGUGCUGAAUCGCCGCAGAAAUGUACGAGCUGGAGAAGGAGAAUCUGCGGCGCUUUAGCGAUUAUAUCACGAAGUUUUUACGACCGUCAGUCGUCAAGAACUUCAUGACGAUAUACCUCGAUAAAGAGAUGGUGGAGAGCAUUCUCUCUACAGAGAUGACGUCUGUGACCACAGCUGCCCAGAUGCUGCUGGACCAGAUGUAUUAUCUAGAGGAAGUGGGCUGGUUUCAAGCUUUUCUGGACACCCUGCUGGCCUCGGAGUACACCGGACUGCACGACGCCAUUAAAGAGUGGGACUUCCAGAAGUUAGAGGAGCUGAAUGAACACAGGAGAUUUCUGGAAAGGAUCGAACCGUCAAUCACGAAGCACAUGAAGCCCAGCGAGCUGCUCGCGCACAUGAACGACUGUCUGAAGCCCAGAGAGUGUGAGGAGAUCCGGGCGGAGGAGAGUCAGCGCGGUCGUAUCGCUGCCAGUGAGAAACUGGUGAUGAGUCUUCUGCGCUCAGACAAACCCAACUGGUUCAAACUGCUGAAGAUCGCUCUGGAAAACUGUGACUUAGACGAGGCUCGAGACAUGCUGGAGACAAAUGGAGGAGGUGUGGAGGUGAAGGCCGGUGAAUGGGACGGAGAGGCGGAGGACGUGAUGACGACCGUGUGCUUUGAGUUCAGAGAGGAGGCCGAGACUGAAGACGUGCUGCUGAGCCUCAACAACCUCACGGUCACAGAGGAACCUGGCGGCUUCACAGGGAAACCUGAGCGAUCAGGUGAGCGCAAGCUGAGAGAAUAUCAGAAGGAGCUGACCGCCGCGGCCGUCCAGGGCCAGAACACCAUCAUCUGCGCUCCCACAGGAUGUGGAAAAACCAUAGUGGCCCUGGCCAUCUGUGAAUAUCACCUGAAGCAGUUUCCUGAAAGAGCAAAGAUCGUGUUUCUGGCGACCAAGGUCGAAGUCUAUGAACAGCAGUACAAACUUUUCAAGGAGCACUUUUCCAGCAAGGAUCCCAACGUCAGGGUGACGGGGAUGUGUGGUGAUAUGGACCAUGUGCCCGUGCACUGCCUCAUAGAGAAUAAUGAUAUUGUGGUGAUGACGGCUCAGAUCCUGGUGAACGCGCUGCAGAGCGCUGACGUGACGUCUCUGGAGAUGCUGUCACUCAUCCUGUUCGACGAGUGUCACAACACGACCGGAAAACACCCCUACAACAACAUCAUGACCCGCUACCUGGACACCAAACUCUCCAGCGGCACACACUUACUGCCACAGAUUGUGGGCCUGACCGCGUCGGUCGGCAUCGGUUCAUUCAAGAACGGACUGGAGGCAGAGAACAACAUCUUACAGCUCUGUGCCAACCUGGACACCAGGGUCAUCACCACAGUCACCCAGCACAAGGAUGAGCUCAAGUCAUACGUGCACACGCCUGAGAAAAUGUUUUUUGAGGUUCAACAGUGCACGAGUCACCCCUUCAUCAGAAUAAUCAAAAACAUCAUGAGUAACAUCGAGCAGCUGGCGCAGAAGACCUUCAACAUCGAGAACCUGUCGAACAUCCAGAACCGCGAGUACGGCUCGCAGAAAUAUGAGCAAUGGAUCGUCUCUGUUCAAAAGAGCUGCAAAGUCUUACAGAUGAAGAACGCAGACGAGGAGAGACGCAUCUGCAGAGAUCUCUACAACUACACUGAACACCUGCGGAAAUAUAACGAUGCUCUGAUCAUUAAUGAAGACGCGCGGACUAAAGAUGCGCUGGAUUAUCUGGACGCGUUCUUUGAUCAGGUCCGAAACGCCGGCUACGGCGAGACCGAGAGGAAGCUGACCGCGCUCUACGACUGUCAGCGGCCGCAGUUACUGCGUCUGGCCACCGAGGGGGAGCAGAACCCUAAACUCGAUGAGCUGAAGUUCAUCCUGGAGGAAGAAUACCACAAUAACGAUCAGACGCGCACCGUCAUGUUCGUCAAGACACGAGCCCUCGCCGACGCCAUGAAGAAAUGGAUCGACGAGACUGAUUCCCUGAAGUUCCUGAAGCCUGGAGUCCUGAUUGGAAAAGGACGGAAAUCCAACUUUACUGGAUCAGGAAUGACUCCGAACAAUCAGAGAGGGAUUCUGGAAUCCUUUAAGAGCUCUGAUCAGAGCAAGAUGCUCAUCGCCACAUCGGUCGCUGAUGAAGGCAUCGAUAUCCCACAGUGCAACUUGGUUCUGAUGUAUGAAUAUGUGGGAAACGUGGUAAAGAUGGUGCAAGUUCGAGGUCGUGGUCGAGCGGAGGGCAGCCGGUGUUUCCUGAUCUCCAGUAAUAAGGAGCGCAUUGCGAAGGAGAAAAUAAACAUGUUUAAGGAGAAGAUGGUGGAGGAGGCCAUCGAGCAGCUGCAGAGCCGCCCCGCCGACCUCAGAAACAAGGUGGACAUGUUCCAGAGGGAAGACAAAGCCCGGAGGGAUCACAUCAGUGCCAGUCCCGAAAAACCCAAAACCCAGGGCAGUUACGAGCUCCUCUGCUGCAAGUGCAAGAGGUUUGCAUGCAGGAGUGACGACAUCAGAGUCGUGCAGGGCGCUCAUCACAUCGUUCUGGAUCGCUCAAUGUUCGAGCGCUGUACAACUGCUCCCCAUAAGAACCCAAGAUCCUUCUCGGGCUUCUGUAAGAAAGAGAAGAUGCUCUGUGCCGAGUGCAAGCAGGACUGGGGUCUCAUCGCCUCGUACCUCACCAUCCAGGAUCUGCCGCUGGUGAAGAUCGAGAGCUAUGUGGUGCAGGAUUGUGUCACCGGCAGACAGCAGUACUUCAGGAAGUGGCGUGACGUUACGUUUGCCAUGCGUGAGUUUGACAUGACGGAGAUCCCACCUGAGACGUGGCGGCCGAGAGACUGAGGACCAUCACACACUCCUCCUGUGUGUGUGUGUGUGUGUGUGUGUGUGUGUGUGGAUCAAGGGAACUUACACUAAAAUAUCAUCCAAAAAUUAUUAAAAUAGGACUUUUCGCAUCUUAUUCUAAUUGUAGGUAUUUUUUUAAUUUGAUGAACUGUGAUUGAGUAAUCCAGAUGAUAUAUUCUCUUAACACCACACACACACACACAAACACACACACAAACAGACACACACACACACACACACAAACAAACACACAAAUACACACACACAAACAGACACACACACAAACACAAAUACACACACGCAAAAACAAAAAAACACACGCACGCACACAUAAACACACACACAAACACACACAUACGCACACACAAACACACACACACACAAACACAUACACAAACACACACACAAACACACACACACACACAAACACACACACAAAUACACAAACACACACACACACACAAACACACACACAAAUACACAAACACACACACACACACACACACACAAACACACACGCACAAACACACUCACACAAACAUAAAUACACACACACAAACAUACAAACACAAAUACACACACACAAACACAAACAGACACACACACAAACACACAAACACAUACACGCACACACAAAAACACACGCACACACAACCAAACACGCGCACACAAACACACACAAACACACACACAAACACACACACAAACACACACACACACACAAACACAAAUACACACACACAAACAUACAAACACAAAUACACAAACACACACAAACAGACACACACACACACACAAAUACAAAUACACACAAGCAAACACAUACACGCACACACAAACACACACGCACACACAAACACAAACACACACACACACAAACACAAAUACACACACACACAAAGACACAAAAACACAAACACACACACACUCACACACACACACACACACACACAGAUAAUAAUCGUUAAUCAGAAUUAGUCUCAUUAGUUUGUGAUGUUACUGAAACCUUUCUGCAAAUGACACUUUUAAUGUUUUUUAUGUAUUGUAUUUUAAUUUGAACUUGGCCAGGGUGCCUUUAAUAAAUUACAUUUAUUAAUUAGACAUGACUAUGUAAUUUAGUCGUAGAUUAUGUGUGUAAUGUCUGAUUUGUUGAUGGAAUCUUGAAUAUUAAAGUAAUUAAUAAUGGAA